UGUUAGCGUUUUGCGGUUACUUGUUUUUGUUGAACUUUAAUCCUGCGCGAGAGACCGCGCGUGGCGUUGAAGCGCGAGCGGAAAUGUAGUCAGGGUAGCAGCGCGUCAGGCGGAAGUGAGGUUACAGGCGCAGCAGCAGCGGUCCGCUUCGUCCAUGUUAUUAUUGUUAUUUUGACUGGGAUGGUUGGCGGACGGCGCCUAGCCCCGGACUCUCCUCCGGUCUCCGACACACACACACACACACACACACACACACACUGCUCUACGUAGUCUCUCCGUAGGGAGCAAAAUAAGCAAAUAAAUUCAUAAAAAAAAGAAAAUCCUCGCUCGCCCCAGACACUAUUAUUGUUGACAUCGCGGCGGAGAUGAACAGCAUCACCAAGGGCAGAUUCGAGGUUUUCUCAAACAGCGAUGAAGCCCCAAUCAACAAAAAGCUUCCCAAAGAGCUCCUGCUCAGGAUUUUCUCCUACCUGGAUGUGGUUACGCUGUGCAGGUGUGCCCAGGUAUCCAAGGCAUGGAAUGUUCUAGCACUGGAUGGAAGUAACUGGCAAAAGAUCGAUCUGUUCAACUUUCAAACAGAUAUAGAGGGCCGUGUGGUGGAGAACAUUUCAAAAAGAUGUGGUGGCUUUCUGAGACAGCUGAGUUUGAGAGGUUGUCUCAGUGUAGGCGAUGCUUCUAUGAAGACUUUUGCACAGAAUUGUCGUAACAUAGAGCAUCUGAAUCUGAACGGCUGCACUAAGAUCACAGAUUCUACUUGCGUCAGCCUCAGCAAGUUCUGCUCCAAACUUCGCCACCUCGACCUCACGUCCUGUGUGUCCAUCACCAACCAUGCACUCAAGGCAUUAAGUGAGGGCUGCCGUGUGUUAGAGAAUCUGAACCUGUCUUGGUGUGAUCAGAUCACCCGUGAUGGCAUCGAGGCGCUCAGCCGUGGAUGCACGAGCCUCAAAGCACUGUUCCUCAGAGGCUGCACACAGUUGGAUGAUGCUGCAUUGAAGCACCUCCAGAAGCACUGUCCUGAGCUCGUGACAAUCAACAUGCAAUCCUGCACACAGGUAACAGAUGAGGGUUUAGUGAGUUUGUGCCGUGGCUGUCACAAGUUGCAGAUGGUGUGUGUGUCUGGCUGCAGCAACAUCACGGACGCUUCCCUCACUGCACUCGGCCUCAACUGCCAACGGCUAAAGAUCCUGGAGGCUGCCCGCUGCUCUCAUGUGACUGAUGCUGGUUUUACUGUUCUGGCAAGGAAUUGUCAUGAGUUGGAGAAAAUGGAUUUAGAGGAAUGUAUUUUGGUCACCGACAACACAUUGGUUCAGCUUUCAAUCCACUGCCCUCGGCUCCAGGCCCUGAGCCUCUCGCAUUGUGAACUGAUAACAGACGAUGGGAUUAGACACCUGAGCAGCAGCGUGUGUGGUCAGGAGCGUCUGCAAGUGGUCGAGCUGGAUAACUGCCCCCUGAUCACAGACAUCACUCUGGAACACCUGAAAAGUUGCCAAAGGCUUGAGCGCAUUGAGCUGUACGACUGCCAGCAGGUCACCCGCGCAGGAAUCAAACGUAUCAGAGCCCACCUCCCCGAGAUUAAGGUCCACGCCUACUUUGCACCAGUCACACCCCCUCCCUCAGUGCAUGGAGGUGGCCAACGUCUCUGCCGCUGCUGCGUCAUACUCUGACAGUGGAUGGGGCCACUGAAGCAUGCCGUGGAGAGUCAGUCUGUCAGUCAAACUCUAAACCCCACCCUGCUCCUGCUCGCCACUCCUGCUAAACUCUACACUGAGGCGUGGCUGGGAACGGCACGGUCGGGUCAAUGAGGGGUUUAUCGGGCAGCAGGAUGGAGCUACGCAAGUUUUCAAAAAAAAAUAAAAAUGUAUGAUUCAAAAUACAAAGAAUAAUUACUAUGUAAAAUGUGACAUUUUAAAUGGAAUCUACGAGAAGAGAGUCGGGGGGG